AUGUUAAUAUAUAUGUUGUCUGUUUCUAUCUAUCUUUAUCUAGUUAACUCUGUAAAUAUCUUUCUUUCCUUCUUUCCCUCUUUCUUCCUUUGUAGAGCCAAAGCAAGGGGAAAUUUGCAUCAGUUUCUCUUAUUUACUUCCUCCUCCCUCUGCACUUCUUCUUCUUCUUCUUCUUCUUCUUCUUCUUCUUCUUCUUCUUCUUCUUCAUCAAUUUCUUCGUCGCCUUCUACUUCUUCUUAUUCUACUACUACUACUACUACUCCCGUCGCCGCCUUCUCCUCCUUCAUCUUCUUCUUCGUCUUCUUCUCCGCCUACUACUACUUCUUCUUCUCCUACUUCGCCUCCUCCUCCUCCUCCUUCUUCUUCUUCUUCUUCUUCUCUGCUCCCAUUGUUCUUCUUCUUCAUCUUCUUCUUGAUUUUCUUCUAGUCCUUCUCCUACUACCCCGUCGCCUCCUCCUCCUUCUUCUUCUACUCUUCCUCCUGCUUCCCCUCUGCCUCCUACUCAUCCUUUUUCUUCUUCUUCUUCUGCCCCGUCGCCGCCUCCUCCUCCUUCUACUCUUCCUCAUACUUCCCCUCCGCCUCUUCCUCAUUCUUCUUCUUCUUCUUCUUCUUCUUCUUCUUCUUCUUCUUCUUCUAUUAAGAAAGAAGUUCCAUUCUUUCUUUCCAUCCUUUUCUUUCUUUGAUAUUCUUUCUUUGCUUUUAUCUCGUUACUUUCUUUUGUCUUUUAUCAUCUUUCUUUCUUUUAUAUCUUUUCUCUUUUUCUUUAUCGUUUUUCUUUGCUCUUAUUUUGUUUGUUUGCUUCUUUGUUUGUUUGUUUCUUUCUUUCUUUUAAUUCAUUUCUUUCUCUCUUUCUUUCCUUUUCAUUUUUUUUUGCUUUUAUCUCGUUUCUUUCUUUCUUUCUUUCUUUCUCUCUCUCUCACAAUUUCUUUCUUUCUUUCGUUCUUUUUUUGCCUUUAUCUCGUGUUUUCUUUCUGUUUUUCCAUUUUUCUCGUUUCUUCCUUUGUUUUAUCUCCUUUCUUUCUUUCUUUUUCUUUCUUUCUUUUUUUUCCUUUCUUUCUUUCUUUCUUUCUUUCUUUCUUUCUUUUGUCUUUUAUCUCGUGUUUUCUUUCUCUUUUUCUUUUUUCUCGCUUCUUUCUUUGUUUUAUCUCCUUUCUUUCUUUCUUUCUUUCUUUCUUUCUUUCUUUCUUUCUUUCUUUCUUUGCUUUUUCUUUCUUUUGUGGUUUUUAUCUCGUUUUCUUCCCUCUUUCUUUCUCUUUUUCAUUUUUCUUUUUACUUUAUUCUCAUCUCAUUUAUUUUCUUCUCGUUUUUUCUUUCUUUGCUUUUAUUUGGUUUAUUUCCCUCUUUAUUUCUUUGCUUUUAUCAUCUUUCUUUCUUUCUUUCUUUCUUUCUUUCUUUCUUUCUUUCUUUCUUUCUGUGAUUUUAUCUCGUUUCUUUCUUUCGCUUUUUCUUUCUUUCGUUCUUUUUUCUUUAUUUAUUUUGUUCUUUCUUUCUUUCGAUUACCGCCCCUUUUUUCUUUUUUUAUGGCGUUUCUUUCUUUCUUUCUUUCUUUCUUUCUUUCUUUCUUUCUUUCUUUUAUUUCUUUCUUUCUUUCUAAACUCGUUAUUACAAGAUUUAAUUUCUUUUCUUUCUUUAAAAAAAAACACGUCCUUCUAUCAAAAUGAUUACCUCUUCCUCUCACGUUUAUGA